CGACAGAUCGAGUUGAAGAUUGAGGAUAAUUCUCAAGUUUCUUAAAAUGAAAUCAUGACAGUCAUUCCACAGACUUUGUCAUCAGGGCCUAAACAUGCGAUAUUAAACCUCGAAACUCAACUCUCUUUGCUCAAACCUGCUUGAUAUGAGCUACCCUGGAUAAACUCAAUGGUAACAUCACAGCCAUGGAAUCCUCUCAACCCAUCGUCGUCUCACCACAAACUCCUUCCGAGCUUCUAUCAUAUAUCAUAUCCUGCCAUAGAUAUCCUUCGACAAUAAUAGUCGGCUCGUCAAAGGAAGAGUUUCAGAGCUCACUCAUGGAGGAAAUAACAUACCAUCUAACUCUUCAAGAGGAACAACUACAACUCCAAGACUCAGGAAACUCAGAAACAAAACCUUCUCAUCAUCUCCUAAAGGCACCUCUCUACCAAAUAGCGAUAUCCCGCCACAUAAGAUUUCUAUUUGUACCAACCGUCACACAUCUACGCGCCUUUCUCUCCGUCUUUACACAAAAGGAUUCACCAAUACCAGCACCACCAAACCAUACGCCCACAUCUCGACCACCACUGCUUCUAGUUUACGGACUCCUAGCUCUUCACAGGGACGCCAGUGAAUGGUCUGCGCAAGGUAUCGGCAACUCAGCCGCCCUUUUAGUCGAUGCUGCCUCACGAACCGAGUUUAGAGCUGCCAUCAUUGAGCCAAAAGGGAUAGGAGGACACGAUACCCUGGAUCACCUCGGAGAAGAGAUGAUUCCUCUGUUGAACGGCACUUCAAGAAGAGACGAUGGAUCAUGGAGUGGACGGACCGUCAGUGCUAAGCAAGUCCUGAGUAGAUGGUUCGAAUUCGAUACUCGUGAACAAGAAUGUUGAAUUGGUUGGGAUGUUUAUAUUUUAUCAAGUGCACGAUAUACUCGACCAUGUAUCCAGUACUCAAUGAACAUCAUAUCGUCGUUUCCACGAUGAAAAUAGUCAUACUAGGCGUCAACAUUAACAUAUCAUCAUUACAGCCUUC